AACAAACACACGCAUCGUCAUCGUCAUCACCGCUGCCGCCACGGUCGAUGAUGGCCUCCGCGAUCGUCAUCGUCAUCGUUCGCCAGUACAAAGCCACUACUCGCAUUCGGACUGGAGCGCAGGCAGAACAAAGAAAUUUUGCGUUCGGUUCGUUCGGCGGAGGGAGCGCGAAAUGCGUUUCACGCGAAUGAAGAACGCGAAGCGAUUACGACGACGAAGACGAAGAAGAUGUUGUUUUAUUACACGUAAUCAUAAUUCAUCUGGGUUGGCUGUGCUGUGCUCUUUGAACAGCGAAGGGGUUGGAAUGGAAGGCGAUGCAACGGAUCGCAGCAGGCUGCGAGAGUAAUAAAAAGUGAUUAAAUUUUUUCUCGUCGUGUGGGACAACUGAGAGCGACGAUGACGACGAAGAGGUGAGUUCGUUGAGCGAAACAGGGUGGGUAACUCACCAAUACAUAAGAAGUGUGAGGGGUGAUGAUUGGGGGGUCGGUAGAAGGUUGGAUUCUCCCCGUACGGGCGGUGUGCUACCUGGGGUUGUCUCGUUCUGUCGUUCGUUCGGGUCGCGUUUUGGGUUGGGGUCGGGUGGUCUCACUCUCCCGACGACGUCCAGUAACCGGUGCACACUUGCAUCGAUGCAAUCCGGUGCAAGUGUGAGUCGUGUUUGGUGGCAUCGGGUGGGUCUCGCUCUUGCUGCCGAUGACGAUGGAGUAGGCUCCGAAAAAAUGCACCCGAAUCGCAUGCGCUUGCUUGGAUGCGGUGGUGGUGGUUGGCCACUCACACCCUCCGCCUGCUGGGAUGGGUGGUAAAUAUUGGGAAAAAAGUGCGCUCCGAAAAUUUUUCGGCCCAGCGCGCACACUUGUGCGCGUACAGUGCUGGAAAAAAUCGAUUCCGGAGUGUUGGUGUGGAUGCAUUGAAUUGGGGUGUGAGUGAGUCCUCCCGAGCCGUGGCAGAGUCGCUCUCGGUUCGGGUUGGGAUUCGACUUCGGCAGAUUCUGGCUAAUUUUUUUCGGUCUUCCGCCGGAGAUGCACUUGUGCAUGGGAUUGGGGUGAGUGAGCUGGGUUUCCUCUGUCCAUCGGCUCCGCAAUGACACUAACACAGUGAGCAGUCGCUCGCGCUCUCUCGCUCUUACAUUGCUCCUCAAACUCGCUGCAAAGCGGGAGCGGAGUGGCCGAAGGGUGCUGGCAAGUAUUCCGGGGCACAAGAGUGCAGCUGUGUAAUAUUCAUCAUCGAAAUUUUCCCUUUAGUCGCAUAAACGCACUGCUCCGAUAUGCACCGGAACGCAAUUUCGGACGCGGCCCGAGUCGACCCGAGUGUGAGCGUCCGCCGAGUAGAGCCGAAAAUCUCUUUUUGUUAUUCCGUCGUUCCGUUUUUCCUUCAUUAGCGCCGCGCAGCACCACCAAUAACACCGCUACACACUAAAACUACACUCUAAACAUACCAGGAAGAAACAGGAAGGCCAGGCCAGUAGCAGCAGCAGAAGAAACCCUGCCUGGCAAAGAGAAGAAGUGAGAAGAGUUUCCGCGGCGCGCGCGAGUGUUCGUUCUUCAUAGCGAAAAAAAUAUAAUACAUAUAAUUUUUUUAUCCGUCAUCCGGUACGUUCGCGUUAGAUAUUUGGUUGUGUCAAUUUGUGCAGUCCCGAAAGGGGAAGAAAGAAAAAUUAAUUAAGGAAAAAUCACCCCCACGAGCACGCAAGAAGAGUUCUGGAACGAGGAGGAAGCGAUCGCCAUACACUACAGUCCGCGCGCGUAGACAUCCAAAGCCGAAGCCGAAGAGAAGACACCGCCGAAUUGGAAGAAAGCUAAAAAAAUCCAAUCCCCCCCGUAGAAUGACCAGUGAUGUGAAAAAUCUGGAGAAAAAAAUCCAUCAACGAAAAGAUAGAAAAAAGUUCACAAGUGAAAGAGUCUCGUUCGGGGUUGACUGUAGUCUUCAACGCCCCUGCUGCAGAGCGAUGCGAAGCUUCCUCAUACUCGGAUUAGCGUGCGAAAAGUUCUAGUGGUGAGACCGAUUCUAUCCGACAAUUUCGAUUUUUAUGUUUGAGUUCAAGACCACAAAACCAAGCUCGGGCCGCAACGUAGAGAAAGAAAAGAGUUUUUUUUUUUUGUUCAGUUUCCGUACAGUCAAGAGUGUGAACAGCGGGUGAUCGAACGCGGAAGGCGAAGAAGAGUUCGAUCGUGUGACAGAGAGUGAAGCAAUAGCAAGGGCGAAAAUCAAUAGCGCCAGCAAAUGAGAGUGCGUGUGAAUGACGAGCAUCCCAAACGUUCAGUUGAUCUGCAAAGUUAAGUUGAGUCCUUACGCAGUUUUCAGUUAAACAGUCUACGGUUUUGUCGUUGACCAGGGGGUUCGCAAUACAGUGUGUGCCAGGGAGCACGGGGUGCGUUCGAUCGCGAGUGCAGAGAAGAAGCCGCGUGCGCAGCGGACCCUGCGUGUAUGUGCGUACUGCGUAGUGUUGUGCCGCGCCGGUUGUAUGUGACCCAGUGGGGGGACAACCUCCACCGACUCCAGCAAGUCCCUGCAGGCCGCCGUCCCGAGCCGGCCCAAGCAUCAUCCUAAUGAAAAGUGGACUGGAGCGCGUUGCUGAAGAAUUGAUGGGACGCAGGAAAUGGAAACAUUAUCAGGACGUCCUCACGCGCCAACCGUUGAACCUGCUGGACCCGAGCACGAACGCCUCGAACGUCGCGGACGAGGUCGACGUCGAGCUGCUGCAGAGUGCGGUGGCCAGCAGUGUUGCCAGCAACGCGGUCCCCCCCUCGCUGGUGGCGGCGGCGGCCGUCGUCGGUGGAAACCUCCUGGACCAGAAGGGAGCCCCCGCGAUAGUACGCAACGGUCACUACCAGCAAGAAGGCGAACUAGCAUUAGUAGAAUCCAAACUAGCAACCUCCAACAAUCAACAAGUAGCAACAGCAGUAGGAGAAAAACAUCCCUCAGCAGCAGUAGAACAUCCGGACAUUGCAUCUGCUACGGCGGCCGCCGGUAAGCAUCAGAACCACUUCAAUGAAAACGAUACAAGAUCGACGAUGGCGGCGGCGGCGGCGACGGCCAAUCCCACCAGCUCCCUCCCGUCUCCUCCUCAUCCGGCAACGGCGACGCCAGUAACAGCACUUCUCAAUAACCAUCACCACCACCACCAUCAUCAGCAACAGCAGCAGCAUCAUUCUCAACACCAGCGUAGUCCCGUUCCGGGUGGGGUGGAUGCCAACGUGAACCUACAGCAGCAGACGGCGGGCGGCGGCGGCGAGCUGGAAGAACUGCAAGCCGGCAGUGGUGGUGGCCGGAUAGGAAACUCCGUCUCCUCGCCGGCACUGUCCUCGUCGUCGUCGACCUCUUCGACAACGGCGGCGGCAACGGCGACGACGACGACGACGGCCACUACGGCACUGAUGUCGCCGUCCGGCGCUAGUAUUGAACAGGAUGACCGGGUUAGGCAGCAGCAGGAGAUGCAACUGGUCGGGAAAUUGACGGCCAUCAAGCAGGAACCAACAGAAAAUCAAAACAAUUCAUCAGCAACACCGGAGCAACAAAGUAAACUAAUUAAGCAAGAAAAUUGUAACAACUUGCUAAACAGCAAAAUCAUCAUCAACAACAACAACAGUGCAACCAACAACAACAAUAAUAAUAUUUCAAGCGGUGGUGCCGAAACCGACGGCACCAGUGCUGCCAAUCCCUCUCUGGUUGGGGAAAACAGUAGUAGCAAACAGCAGAGGCACCAACAUCAUCACCAACACCAGCACCAUCACCAUCACCAGAACCAUCCGUCGCAGCCUCCGACGCCGGUCGACUGGAAACCACAGGACAAGUGCUACUUCUGCGUCGACGGAAAGCUGCUGACGGUGAACGAAGCCGGCGAACUGGUGCCCGAAUCUGGCAACCCUGUUCUGCCCGGUGGCGGAGUUGGCGUGACAACGCAGCGAGUCGUUCCCAAAACUGAGGUUCUCAACGACAGCGAUUGCGAAUCGAGUGACAGCAGCGAGUCCGAUCUACGGGCGGCAAUUGCCGCCGGGCGGGCAGGAGGGCUCCCGGGAUCUAAAUCGCUGGCAGCACUGCUGCGAAGUUCGAGUGGUCCAAGCUCAGGCGGUUCGCCGACGAUGGCUUCGCUCCAAACUAUGGCAUCGCAGUUCGCGGCGAUGACAUCCCUUCCACCGGGAUUGGCGCAGCUUUACCCUCUCUGGUACAGUCAGUUGCAGCAGCAAAUGUCCCCAUCGGGGGCCAUCGGAGCGACGGCCACGGAUCCAACGGCGGUCAGUUCAGCGGAAAAGGCAGCAGAGGGAGGUGCGGCGGUGGCAGUCGGACCAGGUGGUGAACAGCCACUGGAUCUGAGCGCCAAGCCGGGUUCUUCCGGGCUGAGCGCCCUCAACGCCGGCCAGCUUAUGAUGAGCAUGAUGGACCCGAAGAACAUCUACAAGGCUAAACCGCGCCUCUCACCGAUCGGCGGCCGGCGAACGUACACCGAGGACGAACUGCAGAGCGCACUGCAGGACAUCCUGAAUGGGAAACUGGGCACACGGCGGGCCGCGGUCCAGUACGGCAUCCCACGGUCGACCCUACGCAACAAGGUCUACAAGCUGGCAAUGGAGUACAAGCGGGACGUGCUGCACAACGUGCCGCUCGAUGACGACGACGACGAUGACAAGGACUCGCUUGAAGACGACGGCGGCGGCAGCAAUCAGGUCAAGUACAACCAACAAGCGCUGGCCGAAGCCUACUUGCGUCUGUACGGUGGCGGCGGCGGUAGCAGCAGUAGCACUCCGAAGCCCGAACCCAGCUCGGCACCUUCCACACCUCCCCAGCAGCAUCCGACACCGGAGCCACCGAUGUUGAAACCGAUCCAUCCGCAAGUCCCUCAACCGCAGCAGCAAACCGCCACGCCACAGUCAUCUCCGCUGGCGGCCGCUGCCAACAGUUUGAUCGACCCGAGCAUCUUACUGCAGCUUCAAAGCCUACUCCUAACGGGGGCUCUUCCACGGCUAACGAACCAAGCUGCCCAAACCGGCAAUCCGGAAGAAGCGGCCGCUGCUCAGGCAGCACUCGCUACCCUUCCCGAGCUGUUGAAGAAGCUUAUUCAGCAACAGGAAUUGAUCGCCGAGCAGAUCAAGAAAGCCGCUGGCGGCCCAGAACCGCAGCGACCCUCCGCAAGCACUCCGACGCUGAACAACGGUCAACCGAUCGAUCCGCGGUUAUUCCCAUACCUUCAACAAAGCAAAUCUCGAGCGGCGUCCGGAACACCGGAGACCACCACCUCCUCCAUGGACCUGAACGACGGCGGUAGCGAUGACUCGCAGGUCAUUCUAAAAGUUCCGUCCUACAAACCAGUUCCAAAUCAGGCCCCUCUACCGACCACUGCCGCGGCUGCAGCCAUUCUGGCUGCCAGCAAAAACGGUGACCAUCACAACCUGUCCACUCCAUCUCCACCUACCAACAGCGUACCUUCGGUGCGCGAUCUCAGCAGUUUUGUCGUUGGAGGUCCAGGCCCCAGCCUCAACAACAAUUCCACCCCACGAUCAGUACAUACCGCUAGUCCCCAGCAACCGAGUUCUGCCCAACCACCAAACCAUCUGUCCGUGAUAUCGCCUCCAAUGGGCGGCAUCCGACCUCGAAGUAAUUCCCAAUCGCCUCCGAGCCUGCUUGGCGGCAAGUCCAUGCUGUCCAUCAACGACGUCAUUGCGAGAAGUAUAAGCAAAAACUUCCAACAACAUCACCAAUCCGAUCUGCUCAAACAGCAGAUGGAAUCGAUGGAGCAGCAAUACAAACGGCCGACCAUUUCCGUCAUAAAGAAUCUGGGUGGUACGGACAUUUCACGCUUCGGCACCAAUCCCAACAUCACGCAGAUGACUGCUCAGCAAUUGGCCAACACCGGCACCGGAGGCAAAGGAACGAGACCAAAGCGAGGCAAGUACAGGAAUUACGACCGGGACAGUCUGGUGGAAGCGGUCAAAGCGGUGCAACGAGGUGAAAUGUCGGUGCAUCGAGCAGGAAGCUACUAUGGCGUUCCACAUUCCACUCUGGAGUACAAGGUUAAGGAGCGGCAUCUGAUGAGGCCCCGAAAACGUGAACCCAAACCCCAACCAGGGCUGGACGGGCUGAAGUCGGAUCUAGGAGGAAGCAGCGGCAUGAGGAGUAUGGAUAAGAACAAGAGCAUGGGUAUGGGAUCUAGUGCAAAGUCACAGCAGAUGAAGAACCAGUACGCGGGAGCAUCGCCAAACGGUGGUCUGAAAAUGCCAAUGUUCGACCCAGCGAUGGCUUCACAGCUACAAUAUUCGCCAUCACUUCUGUGGCCACAUCCGUCGGUUGGAUUCACCGGCAUACCAAUGGAUUUCGGUCGACAAGCGGGAGCAGGAGGUUCAAGUGGCGCAUCGGCGAUCAUGCAAAGGUUUCAACCAGAUCAGCAGGGAAACAAAUUGCCCGGUGCGGUGAGUAACAACACCGCAGGAGCGCCGAAAACUGCUCGCGAGCUAGCCGAAAGCAUAUACGACGGAACGAGUACCAAUGGUUCGUUUUUGGACGAUAUCAUUCGACAUAGUUUGGACAAGAAGCCAGGCGAGAUGCACCACGGAGCGCUGUUCGAUCAGCUGAUGAAGAGUAACCGAUCCGCGCAGCCACCGUCACAACCCUCGGGAACGGAAGAUCCCACAACAGCAGCCCUUCUUGCCAAGGUAGGCGCAAAGCGCAGUGCCACCAGCCCGCUGAACUUCCUACCGGAGUUGAUCAAACGGGAACGUGCCAGCCCCGGCGCGUCGUCCACCUCAUCGACCAGUAGUAAGCUGGGAUCCGUCAGCUUCAACGAUCAUCACCUCCAGCAACAGCAGCGACAUCUAAAUACCUCCAGCGAAAGUCUAUUCGAAAGCCAGCUUGCCAAGAACAACCUGGCAGUCGAGAACCUCAUCAAGCUACGUGAGGACCUCACAUCGAUGUCCGCGGCGCAUCACCAAAACAGGACGUCGAUGGAAGAUCAACACAACGGCGGUAAGGACGAACUAUCCCCAUCCGUUAGCGAGCAGCUCCAGCAGCAGCAGCAGCACCACCAUCAGCUUCUUUCGCAACGGCUUGUUACCAAGUUGCCAACCGACGAUGGCAACUCAUAGAAGUGACUGCCACCAGAGGCGCUGCUGCUGUGGCGCUCCCACACAUUUCUAGGUUAGAUGAAAUGAAAUGAAAUGCAUACUGUAAGGCAAAGACAGAGAAUCAGAGAGGGCAAACACGGCGCAGAGAAGUAGUUCAAAUAUUAUUAUUGUAGUUAAAAGUGAUUGCAAUUUAUAUUCGGGUUGGCGACGGCUUUUAUCCAAGCUCACGUACACACCCGCACCAGACGAACCGUGUGCUGCGUGCGUGUGUGUGAGAGCAACUCUUUUAAACUGGAACAAAGCAACCCAAUGCGAAGAAGUAAAAACGGAAAAUCAAAAUAGCAAAAAUCAAUGAGAUGAUGAUGAUGAUAAUUUAGUGCAAGAAGGAAAA